AUGAACCACACAAAAGGGUCACAACAAUUUUAUUGCCGGAUUAUUUGUGUUUAUUUUAAUUUGUUCCAUACCAUUGAACGCAUCGCUUAUUAUUUGAAAAUUUUCUCCCAACUCGUUUACAUUUCAGGCCAUUUGCAUACAAAAUAUGAGGGCAAAAAGUAUAGCGGCAAGGUGGGCGAAACAAAGACUUACAAGGAUGCUAAAAAUUGCACUAUAACGAUUAUAUUUCGUCCAAAGAGUGCGACUGCAGCUAAAAGUUGCCCAUGA